UGUACUCAUCCAAAUUCAUGAUCAUCUCCAUUGCCUUGAUGCUGAUCGUGCCCUUUCUCUGCACACCAACAACAUCGUCUGAAUCUAAAUCUGAAGGUGCUUUUAUCAAGAAGACCAUCUCUUCCCACUCCAUCGUCAUCUUCUCCAAGUCCUACUGCCCGUAUUGUAAAAGGGCAAAAGCUGUCUUCAAAGAGUUGAACCAAACACCACAUGUUAUUGAGCUUGAUCAGAGAGAAGAUGGGUGGAACAUUCAGGAUGCCCUGAGUGAGAUUGUUGGCAGGCGUACUGUACCACAGGUGUUCAUUAAUGGAAAACACAUUGGAGGCUCAGAUGAUACUGUUGAAGCGUAUGAGAGUGGAGAACUAGCAAAGCUUUUAGGUGUUUCUGCACAGUUUAAGGAUGAUCUUUAAGCCAAGAAUCCAGUCUCCAUGUGAUUUAUUCUCUUACUUCUGUAUGCAAUGGUCGGAAUAAUCAUGUCGGCUCCAGCAACAAGAAAGGGCAGACUGCAUUACCCUUUUCUCUCACCCAUGUGACCCAACUUUUGUCCCCCUCUUUUCAUUUCUUUAUUUUUUUUUUCUUUUACUCACCCAUG